AUGGAUCUUGGGAGCAGAGGAAGAAUCCACUGCAACAUGAGACUCACCUGCUCUCUGCUGAUCAUGGGAGUGUUCUGCUUGACACCUUUCCUCUGCCAUAGCCAAAUUGAUCCAUUGGCUCUUGGGCGAGCAGACCCCCAGUGUUGGGAAUCCUCCUCAUCUGUCUUGCUGGAAAUGAGGAAGCCUCGCAUUUCUGACUCUGUCAGUGGCUUUUGGGACUUUAUGAUUUUCCUGAAAUCAUCAGAGAACUUGAAACAUGGGGCUCUGUUCUGGGAUCUGGCUCAGCUCUUCUGGGACAUCUAUGUGGACUGUGUGCUCUCCAGAACCCACGGCCUAGGGAGAAGGCAGCUAGCAGAAGCUGAACAGAAGAUCACUACUCUACAUUCUCAGUUCACACGGAGAAACCAAGGGAUAUUUUCUCAUAUUCAGAGGAUGCCAGUUCUGAAGAAGAAAGAUGUGUUUGAAGAUUUAAUAAGUAUCCAUGUGCAAAAGAGUAGAUCUACGUUACUUGGAAGAGUCACUAGAGAGCUAGGCAAAAAGAGGAAAUAACACAUUUAGUCCAAGAUCUUUAUCUGCAUUUUUUUAAACUAUUUGUUUAGUUUUUGCAUUUUAAUCCUCACGGAUGUUACUUUACAUGGUGGAAGAAAGCCUAUAAGUACGAGCACUGUAUCUCUGAUUAACUUUGGCUUCUUGGACCUGUGAAUUUUUUUAAUUGCCUAUGAAUUCAGUCUCUUCAAUAAGCUGCAUGAUUGGCCACUUUAAAGUGUAUGUAUGUGAGGCUUUUUGUAAUGCAUGUGAGCUACUAAAACUCAUUGUAAUUUGGGUUCUGAAACGGAAACAGCUGAUUGUUCAAUAAGAUGUAGACAAGCAGAUCAGGAAGUUGC